CAUUGACCGAUUCAACAUUCAAUCAAUCGUACAACCUACGCUUAUCUAGUAGGUAUUCUAAAACUUUUAGUCUCAAAAUGAAGUCUGUCAAAACUUCACGCUGACGUCUCAAUUUUGUUUCUUUUUCGGUUUUUGUGUUCAAAAUUUUCGUCUCCAAUUAAAUUAAUAGUGAACGAUGGCUUGUACGGAUGAUUUCGCUAGUAUUAUAAUACCGAGUGGUUCGAUAGAUGCAUCAAAACAAAUCGUUAUCAGGAUCCCUACCAAUAUCAAAGGAUCCCACGUGGUUGUACCUCCAGACAGAGACGAUGAGGCCUGUUCGGAAACUAACCUCAACGACCCCAAGAAGGAGAACAUGCUGAACCUUCUCCAAAAUUACAAAUGUAAACGCGACACUUUAUUACUGUCGAAUAUACGUCAACGUCUCCGUUUGUUGGAUCAGAUGGAGUACGUGGAAACGACCGUAUUGAAAAAAGAUAUAAGAGAUUAUCAGCAAGCCAGAAAAAAAUUGGUAUUCGAUUUGCAAACUAUAGCGUCCACCCUUCCGGAUCUACGAAAAUGAAUAUUGGUCGCCGUCCACCCACACAGCGUGGUGUUGUUUUGAGAAGAAAAAAUUCUUUCUUUUGGAUAUUAUUUUGAUAAUAAAUGCUCAUAUAAUA